UAGGUGGAGAUGUUGAAGAUGAAAGUUUAUUAAACCCACUUGAAAUGGAUAGUUCGUGGAAUUCGUCUAAGCGUCUUGUACGCAAGAAAAGGUCAGAGUCUCGAGAACUCCAUCUGGAGGUUUUGGUUGUGGCAGACAGUAAAAUGGCUAGUUAUCAUGGUAGUAAUCUCAAUCAUUAUGUUCUCACUCUUAUGUCAACGGUUGGCAUGAUAUACAAAGAUCCAAGUAUCGGAAAUAACAUCAAUAUAGCUGUAGUAGAUAUCGUAGUCUUGAAUGAAACUUCUGAUCGCCAAAUAAUUCAUCAUAUUGCUCCAAUUACUCUUCGGCAAUUCUGUCAGUGGCAACACAAGCAUAAUAGGCCUGAUGAUCGUGAUCCUGGUCAUUAUGAUACUGCCGUUCUUAUAACCAGGGAAGAUUUAUGUAGAUAUCCAGGAGCAUGUGAUACUCUAGGAUUAGCACAGUCUGGAAUGGUGUGUGACUCUGAUAGCAGUUGUGCUAUCGUUGAAGACAAUGGACUUAGUGCAGCUUUUACUAUUGCUCAUGAACUGGGACACGUGAUGAGUUUACCACACGAUGAUGAUCCGAAAUGCUCUCGCUUUCAUACCCACAAAAAGCAACUUCAUGUAAUGGCAAGAAUGUUGGAUUAUAAUAGCCAUCCAUGGAGUUGGUCUGAAUGUAGUAGACAUUACCUGACAACAUUUUUUGACAUUGGCUAUGGACGAUGUCUCACAGAUAGUCCAGGACGUAACAUGUUGCUAUUAGAUGACGAAUUUCAACAACCACCAGGACAAUUGUAUCCACGAGAUCGUCAAUGUGAAUUAGUAUUUGGUCCUAAAUCCAGGAUUUGUCCUUAUAUGCCCGAAUGUAAAAGAUUAUGGUGUACUUUGGAUGAUACUAUGCAAGGAGGCUGUCGAACUCAGCAUACACCUUGGGCUGAUGGAACUCAAUGCAGUGAUACAAAGCGAUGUUUUCAAGGGGAAUGUACCAGAUACCGGCCAGCAGGUUUCACUCCUGUUGAUGGCCAAUGGGGAAAAUGGAAACCUUAUGGAAAAUGUUCCCGAACGUGUGGGGGAGGCAUUCAACAAGCAUUCAGAGAAUGUGAUUCACCUAAGCCGGCGAAUGGAGGUCGCUAUUGUACUGGAAUCAGAGUAAAGUAUAAGUCUUGUAACACUCAGGAAUGUCCUCCUCGAAGUAAGGAUUUCAGAGAAGAGCAAUGUGCUGAGUUCAAUGGUCGAGUCCUGGAUUUACCUGGUUUACCUCGAUCUGUCCUAUGGGUACCUCAAUAUUCCGGAAUUCCUGUUAAUGACAAGUGCAAAUUAUAUUGCAAAGUUAAUGAUUCCUCUUCUUAUUUUGUUCUGCGAGAAAAAGUUGUUGAUGGAACUCCAUGUGAUUUAGGAACAUUUGAUAUUUGCGUUAAUGGAAAAUGUGAGGCUGCUGGCUGUGAUCAUGUUAUGAAUUCAAAAGUAGUCCUUGAUCGCUGUGGAAUUUGUGGUGGUAACAACAGUACUUGUAAAGAAAUCAAAGGCUAUUUUAAUAAAAAAGUUGACUAUGGUUAUCAUAAUGUGGUUAUGAUACCACCUGGUGCUAGCAAUGUUCGUAUAAUACAACACAGUUCAGAUGGAAAUGUUGAUGAUAACUACAUUGCUCUUAAAGAUCCUAGUGAUAAAUAUAUUUUAAAUGGAGAUUUUAUGAUAAGCAUGUUCCCAAAAACAUUACUGUACCAUGGCGUUUCUAUUGACUACUCAGGAAGUCAUUCUGUUAUUGAGCAUGUGAAUACUUCUGAACCGCUGCCAAAAGAUUUGUUUGUACAAGUUCUUGUUGUUGGAAUGCUACAACCCCCAAAUAUAAGUUUUAGUUAUACUGUGCCUAUAACAGAAAAGCAAUUGUAUAAUUGGAAAGUUGCCACACAAUAUUCUGAGUGCUCAAGAAUAUGCAACGGCAUUAGCUCUUUAAAGCCAGUUUGUGUACGUAUUUCUGAUCAAUAUCAUGUAAAUGAUAAUCACUGUGCAGACAUCUCCAAACCUAGUCUGCAAAAAACACGUAAAUGUAAUGAACACUGCUAUCUUUCUUGGAAAAAUGUAAGCCAAUCUCCUUGUUCUGUUCAAUGUGGAAGAGGUAUACGACGAAAAAUAAUCAAAUGCAUGAAAGAAGAAAUAUCAACAAAAAUCGCUCAUGGUGUUCCUGAAGAAAAUUGUGCGCAUCUGGGACCAAAGCCAACUGCACAAGAAAAGUGUUGGGGUACAUGUCAUAAUUCAAAAUGGAUAUAUUCUGAAUGGUCAGAGUGUUCAGUUUCUUGUGGGGAAGGUACUCAGCAACGUUCUUCUGAAUGUCGCAAUGAAGAAAAUUCGAAACAACCUGAUAGUCACUGUGAUCCAACAACAAGAGUUGUUUCUAAAAGUUGUAAUAUGGGUGAUUGUCCAAGCUGGAAAGUUGGAAACUGGACAGAGUGUUCUGUAACAUGUGGUUCUGGUAUAAAACAACGCCCAUAUUGGUGCCAACACAAUGAAAAGUAUGUUGAUCAGCGAUAUUGUAGUGAGAAUGAAACACCUAAUGCAAAAGAAAUUUGCAACUCUGGUGAAUGUUAUGAUUGGCGUGCAGAAGACUGGGAACCUUGUUCUGUCAGCUGUGGUAAUGGAACUUCUUUACGAAAUCUUUACUGUAUCUCUUCCUCUCAAGUUAAAAUGGAUGAGUCUUUUUGUUCUCAAGUGAUAAAGCCAGCUGAAAGAAGGAAUUGUUCUACAAAUAUUUCAUGUUCUGCAAAUGUUAGUCCAAAACGGGCUACAAACAUCUUUCAAAAAUGGAAACCAUCAUUGCGUGUAUAUAGUGAUGGUAAUUCAAUUCCUGGAGUUAAUCAUGCAAUUUGGAAGGAAAAUGCAUGGUCGAAGUGUUCCAGUUCAUGUGGUGAAGGAUUUCGAAGGAGGAGUCUUACUUGUCACAAUUUAGAAGAUAAUUCAAGACUGCCUUUAAGCCGUUGUAACCAAAAAUCUAAACCUAAGACAGUUGAAAAAUGUCUUGGGUCAGAGUGUAGUUUCUGGGAAGUUGGUGUCUGGUCAGAGUGUUUCUGUCUAGAAAACAUUAAAAAAAGGAAAGUGAGUUGUAAUUCAGAAGAACAUAUAUGUAAUUCUCAAACUAAGCCACAUGCCACAGAGGUUUGUCAAUGCAGUUUGCCACAUCACUCAAACAGCACUUCACACUCUCAUUGGAAAACUGGACCAUGGGCCGAGUGUUCUGUUAGUUGUGGAAAUGGUAUUAAACGUCGCCAAGUAGUUUGCUAUAACGAUGAUGAAUUUAAAGGUUCUGAUUGUGAUUCAAACCGUAAACCCUCUGAAACAUUUGAAUGUAACGCUGGUCCUUGUCCAGAUUGGGCUACAGGCGAGUGGUCUGAGUGCAAUGCAACUUGUGGAGAAGGUCUACAAACUAGAUCUGUUUUGUGUUUUGAUGAUAAUGGGCAAAAAAUUGAUAAUAAUUCUUGUAACAUUCUAAAAAAGCCUGUAGAGCAACAAAGUUGCAUUAAAAUAAAGUGUGAAGAUGUAGAAAUCAAUUACAAAUGGAUAACAGGACCCUGGUCACAGUGUUCAGUAAGCUGUGGAAAAGGAAUUCAACACCGAAGUACUGUCUGCUUAAAUUUACUUGGGCAUGAGGAAAGUCCGGAUAAAUGCCCACAUCCUGAGCCUUCACAGACCCAGGAAUGCAUGGAAGCUGUUUGUUCAAAGUGGCAGUGGUCUGAGUGGACUCAAUGCCCUAAUAAUUGUGAAUUUCAUGAGCAGUAUAGGCAGGCAUACUGCGCUAGGGGUGAAAGAAUGGUAGAUGAUAAUAAUUGUUUUGAGCCCAAACCAGAAACUGAUAAAAGGCAGUGCAAAAUUUCUCCAGAAUGUUCUUUUAAGUGGAGAAAAGGAGUAUGGUCUCAGUGUCAUGCUUCUUGUGGUUUAACAUUUAAAAAUAGAGAAGUUGUUUGUGUUGAUCAUGACAAUAAUCGUGUUCCUGAGGAAUUCUGUUCUUCGCAAGAUAAACCAAAGAAAAGAAGAAAAUGCAAGUUAAGACCUUGUCCAUAUUCUUGGAUAACAGGACAAUGGUCUGAAUGUUCGAAAUCUUGUGAUGAGGGCUACAAAACACGUAAAGUUGCAUGUCAUGCUGUGAAUGCCUAUGGUUGGCUUGAGUCAGAAGAAAUGGACGAAAUGAAAUCAAGACGCUUCUGUGGUUCUUUAAGAAAACCUAAAAGUUUUGAAAAAUGUAACUUUGGAAAUUGCUCAAGUGGGUUUAUAUGGAAACCUGAAGAAUGGAAACAAUGUGAAGGUCAUUGUGGAGAUGCUAAAGAAAAAAGAAAAUUAAGGUGCUUUGAUUUACAAGGCAAAAGAGUGCCGAAUUAUAAAUGUGAUGCUGCCCUUAAGCCUAAAAAGAAAAGACGUUGUUCUCUUCCAAAAUGUACACCAAAAAGUUGUCGAGAUAUUUAUCACUUACAAAGGAAAACAAGUGAUGGAAAUUAUGAAAUACAUAUAAAAGGAAAACCAGUUACAUUGUACUGUCAUGCUAUGAGUACAGGAAAUCCUCAAGAAUAUAUUGCUCUUAAGGAUCAUAAUUAUGCUGUUAUUUAUUCUACAGAGCUUGGAAAUAACUUCAGGUCAGACACUUCUGAAAGUUGUUUUUCUAAUGAUGUGCUUCAUGGUUGUGACUGCAAUAGGAAUGAUUUUGGUUAUACCAUUUUUUAUAAAAUAGCUUUAAACAUCACAGCACUUCAAAUAAUAUCUGAUGAUUACACAUUUAGUACUACAUAUUAUGGUCGACCUGUGCCAUAUGGAACUGCUGGUGACUGUUUAAGGAAACCAAAAUGUCCUCAAGGGAUAUUUUUUAUUUCUUUGCAAGGUACAGAUUUUAGGAUAGCUCGACAGACUCAAUGGAUACCAAGGUCGGGUAUGGCAGAGAUUACCUUGCAAAGAAUAAGAAAUGAUCAAGUUAUAAAAGGAAAAUGUGGCGGCUACUGUGAUUUAUGCAUGCCAGAUCCUAGGAAUGGGCUUGUUGUUGACAUUGUGUUUCCUUCGUGAUGGUAAAGGAUCUGAUUACUUCCCAUCAGUAUUUUCAUAGACUGAAUCAAUCAUUUCUACAUUCAUUGUAAAUAUACAUGAAGUUCCAUCCAUGAUCUAGUGAACAGUCUGUUUUAAAAACAUGUGAUUCAUUUUGUUUUGUCAUAUCAGGACUUAA